UUUCUCCCUUGCCUUCAUCAUGCCUGCCUGCCUCCAUCUCAACUAUAUAUAUAUUUGUAUAUGUAUACAUACAUUAUAUAUAUGCGCACACACACACACACACACACACACACACAAACCCCCUUGAGCUUUGUCAAAAGAAGGCAGCACAGAAAGCCUAAAGCCUCACUUAUUUAGCCUCCAGUAGCACGCUCUUUCUUCUGUCCUCAAAGCUCUCAUCACUCUCACACCCCUCCUGCACUCCAUUUCCAUUGCUUGCAUUCUUGGUUCUCAGCUGCUGCUUAUUAACAGCACACAAGGCAAGAACACACACAGCUACUACACAAGGCUAGAUUAAUUAUCAUCAGUGGUCAGUACAUGAUGGGGUUGCCGGAGGUGAAGAAGAAGAAGCAGCUGGUGCACAGUACGCGAGUGGAAGAUCGUCACAGGCACCACCAGAAGCAGCAGCACCAAGACGGCAGCAAGGUCAAGGUGCUGGAUCUGUCAUCCGGCGCCGGGAUCGCUGCCCUGCCGCUGCAGCAGCAGCUCAAGCCCGUCAAGACCAGCCGACGACGGCACGCCGCCGCCGCCGUCGUCACCGAGGAGGAGGGAGAGGGAGAGGAAGAGCCCGUGACGCCGAGGGGGGAAGGGUGGAGGAUACCGGCGGAGGCAGCGACCUGCCCGCCCGCGCCCAAGAAGCCCAGGACGGCGGUGUCCAUCGUCAGAAGCACCGCCGGCCGCCGGUGCAACUACGACGGCGGCGAGGUGUUCGACGAGUUCUUCCGCGUGCCGGCGGAUUUGGAGGCCGUCUUCGUCGCCCGUGCAGCCAAGGCGAACUAGCUAGCUGCACUGGGUACGUAGGGAGGACUGCCAGUGUGUGUAUGUGAUGCUUGCAUUGAGCUCAAGUGAUCCAGCUUGGGCUCAAGCAAAGUGUAUGUGAUGCAGAUUGCAAUGCAUCGGCAGCUGGUGGUGAGUGAGUGAGUGAGAGUGAUGAUAGAGUGAGUGAGUGCAGUUGUACAAAUUCUCUUUUAGUAUAUGUUAAUGCAAGUCCUAAUUCCGUGAAA